UAACAGCUGAUUAGCCAUCGCUUAAUCACUCGCAAAAAAAAAAAACACAAAAAAAACCUAGCAACGCAUAAACAAAUGCGAGGAAAAUUAGCAGCUAUCGAUUUCCACUAACUGCGGUCAGCGGAAAAACUAGUUAGUUGCAUUGACCGCAAGAGGAAUUAACCGAAGACGACCGCAGGAUACAUCAAAAUGCCGCCGCAGGAAGAGGAAGGAAAUCCAGGGAACGCAACGGGCCAGCAGCUCGAUGAUGAAAUCGAAAAUGUGCGUGUGGUGGUGCGAACACGGCCAAUGGACAAAAAUGAGCUGUCCGCAGGAGCCCUAAGUGCCAUUUCCGUGGAUAAAAUCAAUCGGGCCAUUACGGUGAUGAAGCCGAAUGCCACGGCUAACGAACCACCGAAGACGUACUACUUUGACAACGUCUUCGAUGGCGGCUCCAAUCAAUUGGAUCUGUAUGUGGACACGGCUCGCCCCAUUGUGGACAAGGUUCUCGAGGGCUACAAUGGCACCAUUCUGGCCUAUGGGCAAACCGGUACCGGCAAGACCUACACCAUGUCCGGCAAUCCGGAUUCGCCUCAGACAAAGGGCAUAAUACCCAAUGCCUUUGCCCAUAUUUUCGGGCACAUUGCCAAGGCCAAGGAGAAUCAAAAGUUCCUGGUGCGCGUCAGCUAUAUGGAGAUAUACAACGAAGAGGUGCGUGACCUGCUGGGCAAGGAUGUGGGCAAGAGCCUGGAGGUCAAGGAGCGGCCAGACAUUGGUGUCUUUGUCAAGGAUCUCAGCGGUUAUGUGGUGCAUAAUGCCGAUGAUCUGGAGAAUAUAAUGCGAUUGGGCAAUAAGAACCGAGCUGUGGGCGCCACCAAGAUGAAUCAGGAGAGCUCCAGAUCCCAUGCCAUCUUCUCGAUCACCGUGGAGCGGAGUGAACUGGGCGAAGGUGGUGUCCAGCACGUGCGGAUGGGUAAGCUCCAGCUGGUGGAUCUAGCCGGAUCGGAGAGACAGUCCAAGACCCAGGCCAGUGGUCAGCGUCUUAAGGAAGCCACCAAAAUCAAUCUGUCCCUAUCGGUGCUGGGAAAUGUCAUAAGUGCUCUGGUUGAUGGCAAGAGUACUCACAUUCCUUACAGAAACUCUAAGCUAACGCGACUUCUACAGGAUUCCCUGGGAGGUAACUCUAAAACCGUGAUGUGUGCCACCAUUAGUCCAGCGGAUAGCAACUACAUGGAGACUAUAUCGACUCUACGCUAUGCUAGUCGCGCCAAGAACAUCCAGAAUCGUAUGCACAUUAAUGAGGAACCCAAGGAUGCUUUGCUUCGUCACUUUCAGGAGGAGAUUGCGCGACUUCGAAAGCAACUGGAAGAGGGCAGCAGUUUCGAGGAGGAGCCACCAAGCUCCGAAGAGGAGGAGGACACCGCUGACGAUGAACUGGAGGCACCUCUGGAGAUCGAAAUGGAGUCAUCAACUGUCCAGGUGGCGGAGAAGAAGCCCAAGAAGAAGCGCGAAAAGACCGAUGAGGAGAAGGAGGAAUUGGCACUGCGUAAAAGCGAACAUCAGCGAGAAAUAGAGCAUGCCAAGACAGAGCAGGAAACGCUGCGUAAUAAACUAGUCUCCCUCGAAGGGAAAAUCCUUGUUGGCGGUGAGAAUCUGCUGGAGAAGGCCCAGACGCAGGAGAAACUCCUAGAGCAGUCCAUUGCAGAGUUGGAAGAACGUGAAAAAUCCGAGGAGGCCCUGAAGCAAACCCUACAGCAAAAGGCCACCGAAAGGAUUGACAUUGAAGAGCGGUAUUCCACGCUCCAGGAUGCCAGUACUGGCAUCACCAAGAAGAUCCACCGCGUGAUGCAAAUGCUGAUGGGCGUUAAGUCCGAGCUGGCUGAUCAGCAGCAGGAGCAUCAGCGUGAAAAGGAGGGAAUCUACGAGAACAUACGAAGCCUUUCCAGGGAGCUGGCACUCUGUGAACUUGUAUUAAACUCCUAUGUACCCAAGGAGUACCAGUCCAUGAUCAAUCAGUAUACACAUUGGAACGAGGACAUUGGCGAGUGGCAACUGAAGUGUGUGGCCUACACGGGUAACAACAUGCGCAAGCACAUCUCCGCACACAAGACAAGCGGAAAGGAGCCGGAUUUUGUGGAUCUAUCGCAUGUUUACCUCAGCUACAACACCGACGGCGUGUCCAAUCCCAUGCGCUCCAAGUCCGCCAGGCCAAGGACUUCGGGUGUGCCCAGACCCACGACAGCCAGGCGCUACUGAAGCGAGUUUUUUAAACGAAAUCAUUUGCUAGUCCAGCUGCAAAUCCUUUGCGGCAUGCGCGCCCAGUUUUGGUUUCUUUUCCUGCUAAUCCUGGUUUUCUACACCCUCAGUUUAUGUAUUUUGCUCAGUGAUUUUUCGUUAUUAGCCCCAUAGUUUUUGUUGAUUUAUUGUUUAGUGCAUAAUACUAUUUAGGUUGAACAACGGUGCAAUAAUACAUUUACAACUGUGUUUGUAAUUUUAAUGCUUAAUUUAUACUUAUUUUAUAAAUGCUUGCAACUAAGUAGCAAUCAGAUUUUACUCGAAUAUACAUAGGCACAAAACAUGCAUAAGACGUAUUAUUGAUGUGCUUUUGGCUUUUAAA